GAUCCCUCCAGAGGCGUUGAUUUAUUUGCAGAGCCUCCUGGUCGUCCGGGGGCUUGAAUAUGCAUCCGACUCUGGGUCACCGCCUGCCAGCGGUACCGUCACUAAGCCCAGCAACAUGCAGCCCACGCAGCAACCAGAGCCAAGAGACGAAGCUCCAUUCGAUACCAAAGUCUCAGAGCACGAAGACCAGGCUGCGGUGCCAUCAAUCGAGCAGUCGAGAGCAGUCGAUUCAGUCGAUCCAGUCGAUUCAGUCAAUCCAGCCGAUUCAGUCGAUCCAGUCGAUCCAGUCGAUCUCGUCCGUGCUGAUCUAGUCAUGGGGCCAAUCGUGGCUCCUCCUCGCCGAUACAUCGUCGAUUCGCAGGAAGAGGCACACGAGAUCGAGUACCUCCGCGAGCAGCUCAUCCAGAGAGACAAUGAAUUUGCCCGGCUGACGGAAUUUAUGCUCAAGCUUCCCUCGCAAUCGGAUGUCGACCGCCUCACCGUCCAGAUUGCUUCACUCCAGCAGCAGAUAUCCGACCACGAGCGGCAGGGAGAGACCCCACCGACCGGAUUGGCUUCGCGUGGAUCGGCACUUGGUCGGGCUCAGAAUGGGGACAUUCUUCUCGACGACAUCGAUGUCGUACAGCAGGAACUGGCCCGAGUCCGACGAGUCUUGGGCGAGACCCAAGGCGAAUGCACCCACUGGAAGGCCCUCUACGAAGAUGCUGUCCUGCAGGCCACUGAGCGCACGAUGGCCGUCGAGACUACCAAAUCGACCAACACAUCGCCAGUCGACACUAACGACCCCAAUGAAGAAACGCUGCAGACGUCCAGCGCUUUAGCGAGUCUUGCAAGCCUGCAAGAAAAGCACGAUAUGCUUGUGCACAGGGUCAGCGAGCUCGGCGAGAUUAUUCGACACAGGGAUGCUCAACUGGAAGACUCUGCUCUCCGUGAAGAUAGCCUCAAACACGAGAUCCAGGUGCUCCGUCGAGCCCAAGUGGACUAUGGCUCGCUGUUGCUGCAAGGCAAGGACGCAACCACUGCCGAGGUUUUUGCUGCUCUCAACGCCAAAUGCCGCCAGCUUGCCGACGAGGUAUCGCUGUAUCAAGUGCAGGCUCGGGAACAGGCGAUGCUGAUCGAGACCCUCAAGACGGCCGUGCACAACACCGAGAUACUUGAGCGACGGAUUUCCGAUCAGGCCGAGGAAAUCACCAAGCUCAACGAUGCCACCGAGCGGCUUCGGUACACAAGCAAGCUCAAAGAGGAGGCUCUCCUGACCGAAGUCAAGCGCUUCCACAGUCACAAUGCUACGACCGAGGACCGGCUCUAUCGUCUGUGGCAGAUUGCCGUCGAGCCUGGAAGCAAGUUUGAUCCCGAGCGAGUAGUUCUAGAUGAGUGGCUUGCCGAAUGGAUGGCCAUGAUGAAAGAGAAGGUCGUGAGGCUCCAGGCCGUGAUUGAUUCCUCCGAGGCCAUCAUCGCCAAGCAACACGACAAGCUCAUCAGGCUGAUGGAAGAACAGCCUACCAAGAAAUCCGCAGCAUCUCCCAGCUUUGGAAGCGAUCCAAGCCCGCCUGAGGAGACCCCCGCCGCCCAGGAUGCGUCUCGUCCGACAGAUUCGCACAGGUCGACCGAUGCUGGCACUCAGACCGAUCCCAUGAUGGCCUUCACACGAAUCAGCACCAUCAAGGCCGAGCUACUGUCCAACUUGGAGACACGAUCCUCGGCCUCGGCUUCGACGACGGGUGAACCAUCGCAGAUGCUUGAGGAGGUCCUCGAAUCGGGUGAAGGCAGCCACGUCGCGACACAACCUCCAGCCACGCCGCUGCAGCUCUCCCCGCAAGGGAGCUCUCGGAACUUGGAGGCUGGUGGCCGAGACGACAAGUCCACCACCGAAGCCGACAAGAUCAGAGCAAAACUCAAGAAGCUGGCUGUUCAAUACACCGAGCUACAGAACGUAUGUGCUGGGCUAGAAGACCAGGUUGCGUAUCAAAUCCAGAUCAACAACGAAAUGAAGCAACUGAUCGCUCGGAGCAGUCUUGGUAUCGGUCGGAACCAAGUCAAUGAGGCACAUGAGUUGCUGGAGCGCUACAACGAUGCGCUCGUGCAAGUCGGGUUGCUGCGGCUCGAAAACGAGCGAUGGAGGGCGCGGUGCGAGGAGCUGGAGGAGGUCGUCGAGAGCAUUGUGAUGCAACAAACGGACCCAGAGACAGACUAGAGCAUGUCUUGCUAAACUGCCGUAGUCAGGCCGAAUGUAUAUUCUGAUAUCAUAUAUACACACACCCCAACGUUCGUCCCAGGCCCUGCGCCACCAAGUAUGAAAGUUGGGUGCGGAUGCCGUUGUCCAUGCUACUGCUGGAGCACCAGCACGGGGUCCUUCGCGAGCUCGUUGUCCAAGAAUGGCUCGAGAAUCACAUUCAGAAUGUAAUCGGCAGUGCCGUUCAUCUG